AUGGAAGAGUCUGUGCUGGAUACAAAUUGCUCGCUGCUUCGGCCGUCACUCUACAUUUCUCGAGACUGUUUAACCCCCCCCAACCUCCACGGAUUUUGCCAGCCAUGGGAAACUGUUCCCCCGAGGCUCUGUGGACAGGUGUCCAACUCAUCCCCCUCACUCCCGGGUCAGGUGUCCAACUCAUCCCCCUCAUUCCCGGGUCACGUGUCCAACUCGUCCCCCUCACUCCCGGGUCACGUGUCCAACUCGUCCCCCUCCAGGUUCACGUGUCCAACUCGUCCCCCUCGCUCCCGGGUCACGUGUCCAACUCGUCCCCCUCGCUCCCGGGUCACGUGUCCAACUCGUCCCCCUCGCUCCCGGGUCACGUGUCCAACUCGUCCCCCUCUCGGGUCACAUGUCCAACUCGUCCCCCUCGCUCCCGGGUCAGGUGUCCAACUCGUCCCCCUCACUCCCGGGUCACGUGUCCAACUCGUCCCCCUCGCUCUCGAGUCACGUGUCCAACUCGUCCCCCUCACUCCCGGGUUAGGUGUCCAACUCGUCCCCCUCUCGGGUCAGGUGUCCAACUCGUCCCCCUCGCUCCCGGGUCAGGUGUCCAACUCGUCCCCCUCGCUCCCGGGUCACGUGUCCAACUCGUCGCCCUCGCUCUCGAGUCAGGUGUCCAACUCGUCCCCCUCGCUCCCGGGUCACGUGUCCAACUCGUCCCCCUCUCGGGUCACACGUCCAACUCGUCCCCCUCGCUCCCGGGUCACGUGUCCAACUCGUCCCCCUCGCUCCCGGGUCACGUGUCCAACUCGUCCCCCUCUCGGGUCAGGUGUCCAACUCGUCCCCCUCGCUCCCGGGUCACGUGUCCAACUCGUCCCCCUCGCUCCCGGGUCACGUGUCCAACUCGUCCCCCUCUCGGGUCACGUGUCCAACUCGUCCCCCUCGCUCCCGGGUCAGGUGCCGUGCCGAGUUACAGCGCCCAACAGCCCAUGGAGCCAAGCGACCAGCGACAAUCGGCGCUGUUGACGGUGUUAUAGAUUUGUCGAGUUUAGGCCUUGUUUGACUUGUGAUGUAUUUUUAUUCAUUUUUUUCCCUCUUUAGUGUCAUUCCUGAGUGUACAUCCCACCCGUACGUGUGUUUGCGCACCGCUGCAGGUGGCGCCGAGUAAGUUGUUAGGCUUAAUUUAAUACCCAUGUGUUCCCCACGUGUACAGACAGUGGUGUGAAUGUUGUGGUGGUGGUGGUGGCGCUUGUUUUGUAAGUCCGGCGCGUGCUGUGAUCGUCGCUUACAGUGCUUUUAUCGGGUAACAAAUCGUGCGCUGCUCCUUUCGGUCCCGUCUUGGCUGUGAUCCGAUUGUUGAUGAAGGCGAUUUGCUUUACGAAUAUAUAUUACGUGUAGAAACAAAACUCUGGUUCUGGGUUGUCGAUUGUAGCACUGCUUUCGUUUGGCGUUGUCUUCUGUGACGUGCUAUUGAUUUUGUGAUGCAGAAAUAAAAGUACAAAAAUAA